UUCUAGUUUGACGUUAUUAUGUGAUAUCUAGGUUAUGUGUGGUGGAAGAUCGGCGGUUAGUUGAUGUCUGGUCUUUGGUGGUCAUACACACGUGCUCACGUGACUUAGUUCGUUGAUGAACCUCACCGUAUUUUCCGAAAACGUACUUGCUUCGGCAGUAAUUAAGAUCGGGUUUAAUCUGUACUAUCUGAUCAUCUAAUCAAAUAGUUAAAUAUUAAAACCGAGAAAUGGUACAUGGAUAACUGCCUUGGAGCGUCCAGUAGCCACACUACUGCUACAUAUAUUCACACACACACAUGCAUACAUAUAUACAUACAUAGGAGAUCGGCAGGACAGUGCAUGAAUUUUCUGUUUGAUCGCUUAUUCUCACAAUAACGAUGGAGUGUAUAGUAGCGAAUGUGGACAACAUGCAGUUUGACAUUGAAACUGCACUCGACGAACAGUAUGGGGCUCUUUCAUUACCCUUCACUGGGAUGGACAAGUCGAUUGCCGCGGUAUGUCAAUUUUAUCCGAGGGGUACUUGCGUCAAAGGAGCCUCGUGCCCAUUCAGGCACGUCCGUGGCGACCGCACGAUAGUAUGUAAACACUGGUUGAGAGGCCUUUGCAAAAAAGGCGAUCAGUGUGAAUUCCUGCACGAGUAUGACAUGACGAAAAUGCCUGAAUGUUAUUUCUACUCCAGAUUCAAUGCGUGCCACAAUAAGGAAUGUCCGUUUUUACACAUUGACCCUGAGACUAAAGUCAGAGAUUGUCCGUGGUACGACCGUGGUUUCUGCAGGCACGGUCCUUUGUGUCGACAUCGUCAUGUCAGACGAGUUCUCUGCAUGGCUUACUUAGCUGGUUUUUGCCCGGAAGGCUCGAAUUGCAAGUUUAUGCAUCCAAGAUUCGAGCUGCCAGCGGUGCAAGACAUGCAGCCCAAGGAGGGCAAGAAGGUGAUGAUUACGUGUCACUUUUGCGGCGAGGGCGGUCACAAGGCGAUCUAUUGCAACAAAAUGCCGCCCGACGUGCGAGAGGCCCAAGUCAGACAAGAGAUUGAGAAUAACUCGCACACAUCGCAUCACCAUAUGAAUAUGCACAACGGACCGCCGCCUCCGCGAGGUCCGCAGAAACCUCUGGAGGAAGUAACGUGUUACAAAUGCGGCCAGAAGGGCCAUUAUGCCAACAAGUGUCCGAAGGGCCACUUGGCUUUCCUGAGUCACGCGGGUGGCACAGGUGGUGGACAGAAUCCGAACUACCGAAGAUGAUUCUCCUCGUUUUUUAUCUGUAUAAUACAUCGUGAUGAUAUUUUAUCUCACUAUACUAUAGUUAACUGUAAAAAUUUCCUUAUACUUCGUACAAUAAAAUAAAUUUAUCGUACC